GCAGAGGCGUCCCGCUACAUGCAGCGCCUUGCCAAGUUUCGCGAGGCCGAUGCUGAACGAGAUGCCUUGGUUACACGGAUUCUAAAGGACUACGAAGAGCUCAAAGUCAGAUACGAAGAGCGAGAAGAUGACUACAAGGCAUGGGUGGCGACUCGAAAUUGUCAUCAACACUUCCGUUCGUCUUGGGAGGCCCAAGCACCGGAUGCACGCGCUGAUUUGAAGCAGAGCUCAAACAAUUUUGUCUUAUGUCUUAUCGAUGGCGAUGGCGCGCUUUUCGAAGAUCACCUAUAUGCCAUGGGCCGCGACGGUGGCAGUGAAGCUGCCUACCGCCUUCAUACUGAGAUACAAGCCCACCUCAAGUCUAUUUAUCCUGAUGCGAACGUCGACGACUGGUCCAUCAUGGUACAAGUCGUCCUCAACCAACAAGGGCUUGCGAACAAGCUGCAGAACUGCGGUAUCAUCAUGAACCCAAAUGAGCUCGCGGCGUUUUCGCGUGCCUUUGGUCUCGCGCAGCCUCUAUUCAGUUUUGUGGACGUUGGAUCUGGGAAGGAGCGUGCCGAUCAUAAGAUCCGCGAGACCUUUCGACUGUACAUGAAGAUCUCUCAGUGUAAACAUGUCUUCUUUGCACCUUGUAGCGACAAUGGCUACUUGCCACUCCUCGAGUCCUACAAGAGAACCUCAGCUUCUCGCCUCACGCUGAUCGAAGCGAGACCCGCCGAAUCUGGAUUCAUCGAGCUUGGACUACAGCGAAUCAAAAUGCCCAGCAUCUUCAGGAACGAGAAUCUCCCCGGAAAGCCCAUUCCAGCUGCAUGCUCGCCCUUAUCUGCAACGCCAGUCAGGGCGACUUCGACUUCGAGCAUUCAAGCCGGCACGACCCCUUUUGUGCCGAACAGCCCUGCGACGUCGCGAGCGCCGUCUGUAGACUCCAUCAACUCGACACAGAACUCAACUUGGGCCACCAUAGGCAAGAACGGCACUUCGAGCAAGACCAUCAGCAUUGCACCUAAGAAAAAUCCAAACCGGAAGUUCAUCCUCCUAAAUGCCUACGACGAGCGAAUCGAUAUCGAACUCCCUCGAACCGAUCCAGGAGCUGAGGCCCGUUUUGCAGAGCGCCUUAAGAAGGAAGGCAAAUGCUGCAACAGCUACCACUUGACUGGAAAGUGCGACGCUGGAGAGUAUUGUGACUAUCAUCAUGGCGAGAAAUUUACUCCAGGCGAGCUCUUGGUCCUCAAGCAUAAAGCGAGAUCUCGAAGCUGCCCGAAGAAGUCCGCAUGUCGAGACAUGAAGUGCACUUUUGGACAUCACUGCAAGUACGGACCUGAAUGCUAUUCAGAUGUCUGCUACUUUGUGGACACACAUGGUCAGGACCCAACUCCAGCUAAGAGGAUGUUCGAAGAUGGUAGCGAAGAAUGG